GCCUGCGCGUCCGGGGGGGUCGGGGGCGGUGAUGAGAGGCUGUAUGAGGGCGGUACGGGCGAGGCCUGGCGGGUCGGCCACGGCGGGUCUGACCCGGGGAGCCCCCGGCCCCGAGCCCUGUGCGAACGCAGCUGCAGCCCCUGAGGGCGGUCCCCGGUCCUGUGUGGACUUGGGGACGAAGGUCCCCCAUUCUGUCCGGCUGGUCGGGUUGACCACAGGGCCUGAUCAUACCAGGUUUCAUUUGCUUUGUCUUUCUGAGACAGGGUCUCCCUGCAGCCCCAGCUGGCCUGGAACUCACUAUGUAGACCAGGUUGGCCCGGAACUGGCUGUGUAGACCAGGCUGGCCUUGAACUUGCUGGCUGGCCCUGUAGUCACUCUGUAGACCAGGCUGGCCUGGAACUCACAGAGGUCCUCCUGCCUCUGCCUCCCGAGUGCAGGGAUUAAAGGCGUUCGCCCCCACGCCCUGUCAUUCAAUAUUUAUUGAGACUAUGAACAAACCUGACUCAAUUUAGGCACUAGAGUCAUUUAAGUGAGGUGGCUGUGGGUGUCAUUGCGAGGUGACAUGUGAUCCAAAACCUGAAGAGGAAAGAGACGUGGUGGUGCCUGCUGGGACAACAUUCUGUAGAGAGGACGGGGCCAUGCAAGGCCCCGGGGAAGAGGACCGGGCGUGCAAAGGCCUCUGGGCAGAGGACACUGCUGUGCAAAGGCCCUGGCUGGGCAGAGCCUGCUGCAUGUCUGGAAAGGGAUCCGGGACUGCCAGAGCAGAGAAGGUGGAGAGGGACAGACCUGUGUGCUGUAUCUUCGACCCCCCAGAGGAGCUGGAGAGGAAGGUGCACGAACUGGCGAGGCUGAUGUGGCAAUCCUCCUGCGUGGUGUUCCACACGGGCGCGGGCAUCAGCACAGCCUCAGGGAUCCCCGACUUCAGAGGCCCACAUGGCGUAUGGACUAUGGAGGAGCGUGGCCUUGCCCCCAAGUUCGAUACCACCUUUGAGAAUGCCCGGCCCUCGAAGACCCACAUGGCGCUGGUGCAGCUGGAGCGCAUGGGUUUCCUGCACUUCCUGGUCAGCCAGAACGUGGAUGGGCUGCAUGUUCGCUCCGGCUUCCCCAGGGACAAACUGGCAGAACUUCAUGGCAACAUGUUCAUAGAAGAAUGCACCAAGUGUAAAACGCAGUACGUGAGAGAUACAGUUGUGGGCACCAUGGGCCUCAAGGCCACAGGCCGCCUGUGCAUGGUAGCCAAGGCCAGGGGACUUCGAGCCUGCAGGGGGGAACUGAGAGACACCAUAUUGGACUGGGAGGACGCACUGCCUGACCGCGACCUGACACUUGCUGACGAAGCCAGCAGGAUCGCGGACCUGUCCAUCACCCUGGGCACCUCACUGCAGAUCCGCCCCAGUGGGAACCUGCCCCUUGCCACCAAGCGCCGGGGAGGCCGUCUGGUCAUUGUCAACCUGCAGCCCACCAAACACGAUCGCCAUGCUGACCUGCGCAUCCAUGGCUAUGUGGAUGAGGUGAUGGACAGGCUCAUGAAGCUCUUGGAACUGAACAUCCCCGCCUGGGACGGACCCUGUGUACUGGAAAAGGCCCUGCCACCCCUGCCUCGCCCACCGGCACCCAAGGCUGAGCCCCCCGCCCAUCUCAAUGGCUCAGUGCAAGCAGACCCCAAGCUGGAGCCCACCAGCCCCAAACAAGAGAAGCCGGAUAGCCCUGUAUUCCAUAGGUCCCCCAAAAGAGUAAAGGUGGAGGCUGACCUGAGCUGACCCGGGUGCUUGGGGAGGGCGGGGCAUUCAUAGGAACCAGCAAAUCAGUCAUUUUAUUUGUAUUUCCUGGGUCUCAGCCCAAGACCUUGCACAUGCCAGGCCCCCAGCCUUCUUUGUUCCCUUUUUAUUUUGAGACAGAGACUCACUAAGUUGCACAGGUUAGCCUCAAACUCACUACAGUAGCCCCAGCUGGUCUGGAAGUGAAGAUCUUCCUGCCUCAGCCUCUGGAGUCACGGGGGUGGUAGGCCCUGGGCACAUCCUUCCUUCCCUAUUCCUCUCACUUGUUCCUGUCUUUCUGGGGAAUCUCAAAGCACUGGGACUUGGAGUUCAGCUCCUGGUCACACAUGCCCUGGUAAGGAGCUAUCCUCUGGAGCUGGGGAUGCUCAUACCUGCUGACCCACUAUGGCCCACUUGUGACUCAGGAUAUCCUCAGAGGUUGGCCACAUACUCCCAUCAUGUCCAGUGGUCCCCAACUACACCCUGUGCUCCCCUAGCCAGCACUCCCCCUGCAGGAGCAACUGGAGCCCAAACUCUCAGGGACCCAUCUAUAGCAUUCCCAAGACACAAGGGUCCUGGAAGUCUUUCAUGCAAUAAAACUCCUUUCUUAUAUUUUAA